UACAUCUCUCAUAUAUAUAUAGGCACUUUUGCCUCCAAUGAUCAGAUUUUCGCAUUCCCUAAACCAAAAUAAAGAAGAGUCUUUGAGUUUGUUGGUUGCAUUGAUCGGAUAUAAGAGACAUGGGUCGAGUGAAAUUGGAGAUAAAACGAAUAGAAAACACAACGAAUCGACAAGUUACAUUCUCCAAAAGACGAAAUGGUCUUAUAAAGAAAGCUUAUGAAUUGUCCAUUCUUUGUGACAUCGACAUUGCUCUCCUCAUGUUCUCUCCCUCUGAUCGCCUUAGCCUCUUUUCGGGCAAAACAAGGAUUGAAGACGUUUUCUCUAGAUACAUCAAUCUUUCUGAUCAAGAACGAGAGAAUGCUCUAGUAUUCCCCGAUCAAAGUCGACGCCCAGAUUUCCAGAGCAAAGAGUAUCUACUCCGGACUUUGCAGCAACUCAAGGCUGAGAAUGAUAUUGCUCUUCAACUUACCAACCCUACAGCUAUCAACUCCGACGUCGAGGAACUUGAGCAUGAAGUUUAUAAGUUACAACAACAACUUCUCAUGGCAGAGGAAGAACUAAGGAAAUACGAACCAGAUCCAAUCAGGUUUACAACAAUGGAAGAGUACGAAACUUGUGAGAAGCAGCUCAUGGACACCUUAACACGUGUCAAUCAACGACGGGAACAUAUAUUGAGUCAAGACCAAUUAUCUUCAUAUGAAGCAUCUGCUUUACAACAACAGCAAAGCAUGGGUGGGCCUUUUGGAAACGACGUCGUUGGAGGAUGGCUGACUGAAAAUGGGCCUAACGAAGCCCAUUUAUUCGACGCAUCGGCACAUUCAGCAAUGUAUGAAACUUUAUUGCAAGGAAGUAGCUCAAGCUCGAACCAAAACAACAUUAUGGGUGAAUCCAAUGUGUCAAAUCAUAACGGUGACAUGUUUCAAGAAUGGGCCCAAGCCUAUAAUUCUACUACGGCCCAUAACCCUUCGACUCUAUUUCCUCCUAUGCAGCAUCAGCAUGGACUGGUGGUUGAUCCCAAUAUAGAAGAAAUUGAAAUACCGGUUAUGAAGAAGGAUGCACAAGCAGACCACGAGGUCUCCGACUAUGAUAUAAGAAUGCCUCAGCUCAGUAGCCAAUAAUCUCAAGGAAUUUCAAUUUUACCAUAUAUUAUUGACAUAAUUUAUACGUUUUUUCUUUUAUUUUUUAGAAAAGUUAACAAUAUAUAUACGGUUUUAUUUAUCUAUGAAGACAAGAUAUUACUAUAUAUAUGUUUAUAUAAAACACAACUUCCACACUUAAGAGUUAAGACCUUAACCUUUUAUUGACUUGUAUAUUGUACAUAACGUUUCUAUUAUAAAAAAAACAUUUUACUGUUAAACAAUGUAUAUACUAUAUAUUAUGUAUAUAAAACAUGAAAAACAUGUUUUGCUCUCAAAUAUGCAUAUGAUUAUGUCAAUUUUGCUUGUCUAAUUUUUUUAAAAGAUCAUUCAACUUUUGGUUGAGUGAAGAU